CAGCUCCUCAUUCCCCAUAAACUAUUGCAAACUUCGCCCGUUUUGGAUGAUUGAAACGAAGAAGAAGCAGACACAGUUACCGGCGCAGAAACGGAAACCUAUCAAUUCUGCUUAGAAUUUAGACUAGUUCUAGUCCAGCCUACCUACUACUCAUACCCAACCAGCUCGUGUCACUUUGUCUUCUUUUGCAUUUUUUCACAACCUUCUUCUCUCGAAUAUUUUCUACAACUCCAUACGAUUGCAAAGCCGGUGGUGUCUAUUACUGUUAUAAUUAAUACCUACUUUUCUCGUCCUUGUUAAGGAGGCAAACUGCAUAAUAACGGCUACACAAAGAUCCCGACUACUAUCCGAUCCUUGGCCUUCAACCAUAUCUCCAGGCUGUGGAGGCACAGAGUCUUUGUCACGACAGCACCAGCAGCCCAAGGCUGCUUCUUCACACCAUGUCCACCCUCAAGCGCAAGGCCAAUGGACCGCUGUCAGCUUCAGAUGCCAAGAAACCCAAACAGAACGCCAGCAUCACAUCAUUCUUUGCCGCACCUAAGACCACACCGGCCAGCGGCGCCACCACAUCUAGCAGCCCAAGUUCUACAGCGGCGCCAGCAGCCUCAGCUCCAGCCCAUCCACCGGCUGUCAGUUUCAACAAGCAGAAAUGGGUGGAGAAGCUUACCAACGAGCAGAGGGAGCUGCUAAAGCUGGAGAUUGACACUUUGGACGAGAGCUGGCUUGCGUUGCUCAAGGACGAGAUUACCACAAAGGAGUUUCUUGACCUGAAAAGGUUCCUAGACAGGGAAGCGAAUGCGGGCAAGAAGGUGUUUCCACCAAGAGAAGAUGUCUACUCAUGGUCCCGCCAUACGCCCUUCCACACAGUCAAGGUCGUAAUACUUGGCCAAGAUCCUUACCACAAUAUCAAUCAGGCCCAUGGGCUUGCCUUCUCAGUGCGACCACCGACUAAGGCACCACCAUCUCUCAAAAACAUGUACAUUUGCCUCAAGAACGACUACCCUGAAUUCACGCCGCCGCCCAACAACUCGGGCCUGCUAACGCCCUGGGCCCAGCGCGGCGUGCUGAUGCUCAACACAUGCCUUACGGUCCGGGCGCAUGAGGCCAAUUCGCACGCAAACCGGGGCUGGGAGAAGUUUACGCAAAAGAUCAUCGAGCUCGUGGCGGGUCGUCGCAGCAGGGGCGUUGUAUUCAUGGCUUGGGGUAGCCCCGCAGCUAAGAGGGUGAUCAAGGUCGACCAGAAGAAGCACUUGGUGCUCAAAGCGGUGCACCCGAGCCCAUUGAGCGCGUCAAGGGGAUUCUUUGACUGCGGUCACUUUAGAAAAGCCAACGAGUGGUUGGUGCAGAGGUAUGGGGACGGGGAGGAGAUCGACUGGAGCCUAACGGAGGGAGUCAGCCUCUUGCCCAAGCCAAAGGUCGAGGUGGUCAAGGCGGCACCCGAGGCAAAGAAAGUCAAGAAAGAUGAGGAGGAGUUUGACUUUGACGAAGGGGAAGAGCUUGAGGCGCUGGAGGAGUUGCGAAAGAUCGAAGACAACAAGAAGCCCGAAGUUCCAGCACCUUUGACUGCGAAGCCAGGGGUCGAGGUCAAAGGAGACGAGAAUAAGAAUCCUUCUACGGCUACAGCAUGAUGAUUUGGAGCCUCGAGUAUCGAAGCCGGCAGGGGGCUUUGGCCGCAACGGUAUUGACGGAAACCGGCUGAUUUGGUACGGGUUCACGAUAUUCUUAUUUCUGUCUUUUCUUUUCACGUCACGUUUGUAGGUCAUGUAUGGGGAUUUGUGCAGGUCUGGGAUUGUCAAAAAAAUAAAUAAAAUAAAAUAAAAUAAAAAAGAGCCGAUAUGUGGCAGUCACUUUGCGGGAG